GGGUAAACUGUGUCCUGAAAAUUUGAAGAGCGCAUGCGCGCGCGGGAUCCUUCCUUUUGCCUCGUUGCCCUCCUGAGAGCAAGAUGGGUCACCAGCAGCUCUAUUGGAGCCACCCGCGAAAAUUCGGCCAGGGUUCUCGUUCUUGUCGCGUCUGCUCAAACCGGCACGGUCUGAUCCGGAAAUACGGCCUCAAUAUGUGCCGCCAGUGUUUCCGUCAGUACGCGAAGGACAUCGGUUUCAUUAAGUUGGACUAAGUGAUCUUCUUUGAAUGGAUUUUCCACGGCACCCACAAAGUGAAAGAGACCAUGCUAGUAGCUCUUUGUAUAUAAAAUAAAAUUUAAAAGAAACUCCA